CCGGCGCCCCGUAGUGCCGCCUGGCGAGUGACACGUUACCUGGGGGCGUGAAGGGGGCGGGACCAGGUGGGCCGCAGGCCCCUAAAGGGACCUGGGCUCGAAGCACAAGAGGCGGCUCCUCUGGAGGCAGCGCAGGACACCUGGUCCCAAGCAGACUGGGGAAACUGAGGAGGCGACAGCUGACCUAGGUCGCCCUGCCGGUCCGGGGCGAGGCUGUUUCACCAACCUUCCUGCCUCCCAGAGCACCCUCCGCGACCACUUUCUGGGGAUCCGCACAGACACACUACUGCCUCCCUCCGAGGUCAGAAUCCAACUGGAUGGAUGCCCUGAGUGAGCAGCCUCAGCCACCUCUGACACUCCGUGUCCUGGGCCAGGUGCGAUGGCAGAGAAGGUGCUGGUAACAGGCGGGGCUGGCUACAUUGGCAGCCACACGGUGCUCGAGCUGCUGGAGGCAGGCUAUUUGCCCGUGGUCAUCGACAACUUCCACAAUGCCAUCCGUGGAGGGGGCUCCAUGCCUGAGAGCCUGCGGCGGGUUCAGGAGCUGACAGGCCGCUCUUUGGAGUUUGAGGAGAUGGACAUCUUGGACCAGGCAGCCCUGGAGCGUCUCUUCAAGAAGCACAGCUUUAUGGCUGUCAUUCACUUUGCGGGGCUCAAAGCCGUGGGCGAGUCAGUGCAGAAGCCUCUGGAUUAUUACAGAGUUAAUCUGACAGGAACCAUCCAGCUUCUGGAGAUCAUGAGGGCCCACGGGGUGAAGAAUCUGGUAUUCAGCAGCUCGGCAACUGUGUAUGGCAACCCCCAGUACCUGCCCCUGGACGAGGCCCACCCAACGGGUGGCUGUACCAACCCCUAUGGCAAGUCCAAGUUCUUCAUUGAGGAAAUGAUCCGGGACCUGUGCCAGGCAGACAAGGCCUGGAAUGCAGUGCUGCUGCGAUAUUUCAACCCCACAGGCGCCCAUGCCUCUGGCUGCAUCGGCGAGGAUCCCCAGGGCAUCCCUAACAACCUCAUGCCCUAUGUCUCCCAAGUGGCGAUUGGGCGACGGGAGGCGCUGAAUGUCUUUGGCAAUGACUAUGACACAGAGGAUGGCACAGGUGUCCGGGAUUAUAUCCAUGUGGUGGAUCUAGCCAAGGGCCACAUCGCGGCCUUGAGGAAACUGAAGGAGCAGUGUGGCUGCCGGAUCUAUAACCUGGGCACAGGCACGGGCUAUUCGGUGCUACAGAUGGUCCGGGCUAUGGAGAAGGCCUCUGGGAGGAAGAUCCCGUACAAGGUAGUGGCACGACGGGAAGGCGAUGUGGCUGCCUGUUACGCCAACCCCAGCCUGGCCCUCCAGGAGCUGGGCUGGACAGCAGCCUUAGGGCUGGAUAGGAUGUGUGAAGAUCUAUGGCGCUGGCAGAAGCAGAAUCCUUCAGGCUUUGGUGCACAGGCCUGAGAUUCUCUCCUACCAUGGACCAGAAAAGGAAGAGAAACAAUUUCCUGCUCUCCAGCAUCUGACAGGAACCCAGGGGCCUCAGAGCCUGCCCUACCUCAGACACCAGCCAGCUCACUCAGCCUACCAGGCAUGAGGCCAAGGGCUCCACUGACCAGGAGUUCGGGGUCUCUAAUUCUUCUCUUCCAGAGUCCAGGAAGCCAUCAGGAUCACCAAGAGCGAGUGGGGGAGGCAGGGACCUAAGAAAAACACCCUCCCCCGGCACUAAUUUAUACUGCUAUGAAUACACUCUCCAAAGUAUUUAAAAUAAAAAGUUUUCUUACACU